AUGCCUCCGACAGAUAUACCAAAACAAAUGGAUGUCGCAAGUAAACCCUUAUUACAGCUGAAACUAUUGACUUGCCUACAUCAAAAUGAUUUCAAUACAUUACAAAGUUUCAUAGCUACACAAGAGUCUGAGAAUAAUGCAAAUGCUCAAGAAGUUUUUAGAUUAUUACUCCAUCUCGCCGUACAAGUUGCCUCCAAUGACCUUGUUGAACGUAUCAUUAAGGAUUAUGUAAACUCACCAGAGAAGAACCCUCCAUUGAAACUAGAUUUAAAUGCUCAAGAUGAAAAUGGGAACACCGCAUUACAUCUGGCGGCAGCACAAUCACGCUCAGAAGUGAUAACAUUACUAUUAGACCAACCUCAGAUUAAUGAAUGCAUAGUUAAUGAUGCUGGUCUUUUACCUGUUGAAAUGUGUAAAGAUUUGAAUAUUGCGCAAAUGAUGCAAAUAAGAAGAUCUAAUUAUUUAAGUGCUGUCUCCAAGGAAUUGAAAAUGGCAUUCCAAGAAAAUAAGAUUGAUAAAUUGGAAGCAAUUCUACACAAUCCAAGGAAUAUUGACGUUUUUAACGUGGAUUAUUUUGAUCCAGAAACAGGUGAUACAUUAUUGCAUACUGCCGUUAGGGAAAGAAAUUUAGCACUAUGUUCAUGGUUAUUACAACAUGAUUGCAACUGUUGUAAACGGAAUUUUAAUGGGAAACUACCUAUUGAUUUAUUGAAAGAAAGACCCUUAACAAAGAAACUAAUGAAGGAUACCCUUGAUGCUAACAAACACCGUGAAGUGGACCAUGAAAUAAAGACAUUAUUAGAGAAGAGUAAUAAAGAACAAGGUGCCUCCACUAUGCCAGAAGGACCUCCGACAUACAGAGGUUAUUUGAAAAAAUACACAAAUUUUGCACAAGGUUAUAAAUUACGUUAUUUUGUUCUAGAUGCAGAUGGGAAAUUAUCUUAUUAUAAAGACCAAGAAUCUACAAAGAAGAAAUGCCGUGGUUUAUUGGAUUUAUCCACAUGUAACAUUCAUUUAAACUCAUCUGAGAAAUUGAAAUUUGAAUUAAUUGGAGGAAAAAAUGUUAGAGCUAGAUGGCAAUUGAAGGCUAACCAUCGUGUAGAGGCAAACAAAUGGGUUUGGGCUCUUCAAAGUGCUAUAAGAUACUUAAAGGACAAAAAUAUGAUGAAAAAGAAUAAUAAUGUUGUUCCACCAUCACUAGCUAUACCACGCACCAAUAAGCCUGCACCAUUAUCCCCCCGUAGGAGUCUCGGUAGUAAACCAAGCUCUCCACUACAACAACAGGUACCAAUGUCUGGAAGAGUAGCUUCAUUUGGACGGCCACGUAGACCAAGUAAUUCUCUGUCAGUGGCAUCGAGUGAAGUUGAGCUUAGUGACAACUUAACACAAUCCGGUAAAUCCUACGUAAACAAGAUGAUUGAAAACAGAAUAGAAUCCUCAUCAACACCCAUAUCAUUACAUUCGAGGAAUCCAACUGUAGAGUCCUUCCAACCGGUGAAAUUAAGUGAUACUUUGACUAAUCAUACGAUACCUUCUUUGAAGAAUACACUUCUCACUUCAGUUGCAUCGAUUGAUACACGUAAUAGUAUUGAGUCGCAAUAUGAUGAAGAUGAUGAAAUCGAUAAUGUUAUUCAAGAUAAUACCAAUUCUGAUGAAGAAGGUGAAGGUGGAGUAGGGACUAAAGCUGAUAAAGAUGAAGAAUAUUUAAAAGUUGAAUAUGGUCCAUAUACUGAAAAAUUGAACAUGUUUCAAAAUUCAAUCUCGAUGGAAUUGAAAUCUAUAUCAGAAUUAUUACUGUCUGAUAGGAUUCCUGACCAACAAAUUUUGGAUGUUGUAAAAGUUUCCUUAACUAAUGUGACAAGAUCUUUUGAAGAAAUGAACCAAUUGACUGCAGAUAGAGAUAAGACUUUAGUCAGUAUGCUCACAAAACAACGUGAUAUCAAUAAUAUUUGGAUUCAAUCAGUCAAGGAUUUAGAGAAGGAAUUAAUGGAAAAGAGUGAACGUUUGCAAUCUCUGGGUAAAGAGAGAAGAAUCUUGAAGAAAACCUUCCAGAAGAAGGUUUUGGAGGCAAAAGAGACACAGGAUGAAAGAAACCAAGAAAGUGCCAAUUCAUCUGAUAUAGAAGAUGUAGAAAGUGAUACUUCUGAUACUUUGGAAGAAAUUGCCAAAUUUAUUAGCGCCACUAAGGAAGAGGAUGAGAAUUCUGAUGUUGAUGAAUUUUUUGAUGCUGAAGAAUUAUUAUCGGAGUCUAAGAUGAAACUAGGGCAGGAAAAUGAAUCAGGUAAACAAAAUGAGCCAGAAGCUAAUUUGAUAGAAAUCCAACCUCUUGAACCAGAGAUGGAGAAGCAUCUUCCAGUGGAGGAAAAUAAGAAUAUUCAACCAAUGACAAGCCCAACCAUGGAUAGAGAACUUGAGGAUAAGACUUCAACUAAGUCAAAGAAAGAAAUUGUAAAGACAGAACCAACGCAUCAUUUAAUUGCAGCUAACGAUAUUCAAAAGAAAAAGGAAUUAUUAAUAGUUAAACAAGGUUCAUUUUUAGGAUAUGAAGAUGGUACAAGGAAACGUUUGGCUCUGGAUAAAGAUGAAAGGCCGAAGAUUAGUUUAUGGGGUGUAUUGAAAUCGAUGGUUGGGAAAGAUAUGACAAGAAUGACCUUGCCUGUGACAUUCAAUGAACCGACGUCAUUAUUACAAAGAGUUACUGAAGAUUUAGAAUACUCUGAAUUAUUAGAUCAGGCUGCUACUUUCGAAGAUUCCACUCUAAGGUUAUUGUACAUUGCUGUGUUUACAGCAUCAUCAUAUGCAUCCACGAUUGGUAGAGUGGCAAAACCAUUUAAUCCAUUAUUGGGGGAAACGUACGAAUAUUCACGUCCUGACAAACAUUAUAGAUUCUUUACCGAGCAAGUGUCACAUCAUCCUCCAAUAUCUGCCACAUGGACGGAAUCACCCAAAUGGGAUUUCUGGGGUGAAUCAUAUCUAGACUCUAAAUUCAAUGGUAGAUCUUUCCAAUUUAAGCAUUUAGGGCUUUGGUACAUUAAGAUGCGUCCUGAUUUGGAAAAUUCCAAAGAGGAGUUGUAUACAUUUAAGAAACCUGAUAACACUGUUAUUGGUAUUCUUGUUGGUAACCCACAAGUUGAUAAUCAUGGUGAAGUUAAGAUUUUGAACCAUACGAAUGGGGAUUAUUGUAUUUUGAAUUUUAAGGCAAGAGGUUGGAGAUCAUCCGGGGCAUACGAAGUUAGAGGUGAAGUGUACAACAAGCAGAAAAAGAAAAUGUGGGUAUUAGGUGGUCAUUGGAACGAUUGUAUAUUUGCUAAGAAAGUGACGUCAAAAUCUGGAGAUGUUCUAUCUUUGGAGAAGACUAAGACGGUCACUUCCUUUUCUGGGAAGGGCCCCACCUAUGAUGGAUCUAAAUUCUUAGUGUGGAAGGCAUGUGCUAGACCAGAUGCUCCAUUCAACCUGACUCAGUUUGCUAUCACUAUGAAUGCGCCUCAACCACAUCUGUUACCGUGGUUAGCUCCCACGGAUACGAGAUUAAGACCGGAUCAAAGAGCCAUGGAAGAUGGGAGAUAUGACGAAGCCGCCGAGGAAAAGCAUAGAUUGGAAGAGAAGCAAAGGGCGGUACGUAAGCGGAGAGAAAUUGAAAAUAUUGAAUAUCAUCCAAGAUGGUUUACCAAAGAGGUACAUCCCGUCACUAAACUUCCGUAUUGGAGAUAUACCGGGGACUACUGGCCUCUAAGAAGGGACAAACAAUUGAAAGAUUGCGCCGACAUUUUUUAA